AUGGGCGACCCCGCAACCGAUCCCAAGGCGGCGCCGCUCGCCGACGAGCUGAGAGAGCUUGCUGUGUCGCUCCCCACGACGGCCUUCCCGAAGAACUUCUUCUGCGCCCUAUGUAACGAGCUUGCGUUCGACUCAUACAAGCUGAUCUGCUGUGCUAAAUCCAUAUGCUCACCAUGUCAAGGAAACCUCCAGUUCCCGACAGCGUGUCCCUCGUGCGACCACUCCCCGCUCGAGGCCGACUCUUGCACACCGAACAAGUCUCUGCGUAACACGAUGCGAGUGUGGCUACAAAAACAGAAGAAGAAGGAAGAGGCCAAGGCCGCGGCACAGGCAGCUACCCCGCCCGUCGAGGUGACACCGGCCGCGCCUGAGGUCCUGCCGGUCGGUGAUGGUACAGAGCAGCCCGUAGACAGUGUUGAGGAUGCGCACAAGGCAGAAGGCGGUGCUGCUGAACAAGCUGCUGGUUCUGCCGAGGCCCCAGAAGAGGCUGGACAGCGCGCCGGCUCGGCCGCGGCCCAACCAAAGGAGGAAAAUGCUUCUCCUGAGAUGGAGACUGAGCGGCGCGGUAGCACCGCCUCCCAGAGCGUGACCAAGAACACGGGACCUUCAGCGGCCAACAGCUCGACCGACGAGCAAAAACCCUCCAACGGAACUAAUGGCAUGAUUGGCAACAACCCGCCGAUGAGCGGCGUGCAAAGCCAGAUGGGCUUCGGCUUCCCCAAUCAGGGCGGCUUCAGCAAUGGCUUGGCUUGGAACGGGAUGCCUAAUAUCAUGGCCAACGGCGGCUGGAACGGCAUGAAUCCUAUGGAUUUCAACAACAUGAACGGAAUGUACGGCAACUUUGGAGGGAACAUGGGCUUGGGCAUGAACGACAUGUCUGCCAUGAACAUGAUGCAGUACGGUGGUGGCUAUGGCAAUGGAUGGAAUGGUAUGGGCAGUGGCUAUGGAAACUUCAGCGGGCCCAAUCAGCUGGGUGGCUUUAAUCAAUCUGGAGCAUAUCCCGAGAUGAUGAACCAGUUUCCCAAGAAUAAUUUCCCAAACCAGAACCACAAUCGUUUCCAUGCCAAUCAAGGAGGAGCACAUCCUCAGCGAAACAACAAGAAUGGCAGCCAGGGUGGCUUUGGUCCGGGUUGCCAGAAUGCGCCUGGUCGUCCGGGCAGCCGUGGCGGUCUUUUGCAAAACCGUGACGACCAGUCACCUGACGGAAAUGCCAACCCUGCUCCUGAGGUGAAGGCCGAGGGCGAGCAGUCGAAGGCGUCCGCAGAUCCAACUGAAGAAGGUAAGGACAUCGUCGACGAUAUCCCAGUAUCGCUCGAACCACAGACUUCAGCAGAUGGGGUUGGUGCUGGCAAUGCUAGCGAAGCUGCUGGCGACGACACUAACCAGGCAGGGGGUGGUCCACAAUGCGAGACUCAAGACGGCGGUCUGAAGCCUAUACAAACUGUAGACUCUGGCGAUGCAGACAUGCGAGAGUACGACCAGUCUAUGAUGGGCCCUGGUGUGCCAUACCCUCAAGGAAUGAUGAAUCAGUUCCCGGAUCAGCACAUGAAUGCAGCCUUCGACCCCAGCAUGAACAUUAUGGGAUACAAUGGCAACUAUGGUCCACGUGGCGGCUUCAAUAACGGGGCUUAUGGUGCAGCGACAGUUCUGACAGGUCAGCCAACGGAACCGAUUGGUGUCGGUGUUGCAGGCGCGCCAACUGGACCACGCGCGAUGAGAGAAGGUCGACCCAACACUGGUUUCUCGAGUCGUGCCCAUGGUGGGCGAUAUGCAGCUCCGCCACCGCCCAAAAGCGUCGCGUCUGCUCAAGAUGCGACAACUGCUAGCCCACAGCGUAGAGUUCGAUCGCGGUCACCUCUCCGAGAUGAGAGUAUGCGGGUCAAGGAACGCUCACCCACGCCUUCUCGACCACAAUCACGAACGAAGGGUGAUGACAGAAGUGAGCAACGUGACCGAUCGCGUUCUGCAGACCGUCAUUCUCGUCGCGAUGACCGCGGUAGAUCCGUUUCGCCAUUGAACAACGAAUACGAGGAUCGCAAAGACCGCAAGCACCAUCGAUCGUCACGCUAUGAUGACCGUGACCCGGAGUAUGAUGAUCGUUACCGCGACGAGAAGGGCAGCCGGGGUGACCGUACACGAACUGCAUCGGCAGACUCCAAGUAUCGUAGCAGCCGUCGUGACAAGGACAAGCACCGUUCAUCGCGGUCCCACCGCGACCGGAGCAAGGAGCAUCGUCGUCGCCAUCGCUCCCGAUCACCUCGUGAGGGAGACAAAUAUGAAGACGAAGAAGCGUACGGCAAUGGCGAAAAGGAUUCUGAUGGCAGUUCACGACGCAAGCACAGGAGCGGGCGCGACCGCUCACGCGACAAGGAACGUGAACGAGACCGCAAGGAUCGUAAAGAGCGAGAGCGAGACCGCAACUAUGAUUACGACCGCGAGAAGGAUCGCUCCCGCGACAAAGAUAAGGACAAGGACCGUAGGCGGCGUCGCGAUCGUGAAAGUGAAGACGAUGAGCGUGAUUAUGGGGACGACAAUCACCGCUCUUCACGCCGUAGUCGCAAAGAUCGCGAUCGCGAGCGACGCGAGUACGAUGAUCAUGAGCGCAAAGACAAGCCAUCUCAAUUGGAGAGGGAAGAGGAUGUCGUCGGUCAGAUGAUGAAGAAACGCGCUAUGUCUCCGCCCUUGAACGCACCAACCGGGCCCUCGGCGAAUGGCUUCAGCAUCAAGGGCCGCUCAAAGAACGCGGUCAUGCCUCCACCGGCCCAACCUCCUACCGGCCCACGAGCUUUCCAGCCCCCCAAGGGUCCGGCUGCUGAUCGAAAUAAAGACCGAAGCGGCGAAGCUAGGGAUCACCGUCGUAAAACCAGCGCGACUUCUACAUCGACUAUACCAACCGGCCCUUCAUCGAAAGACAAAGAAACGUUCCAAGACCAUUAUGCCGCUGAGCGAGAGCGCAAUGCCCGAGAGCGAGACAGUCGCGAACGCGUAGAGAAGCCAUCCAGCUCCAGCAAGUCCCUUCAAUCACGCAUCUCUCCUUCAUCUCGCCCUACGCUCUCGAGUAAGCGUAGCAGAGACGACUUUGACGACGAGGCUCCGGUACCCACAGGCCCCAAAGCUGAUGCCAAGCCUCCCACAGGCCCCGCCGCGCAUCGUGACAAGCGCAGGAAGUCUGGUGCGACGGGUGACGACAACAUUGCCAGCCUCUUUACAGCGGGACUGCGUAAGAACGCCAAGGCUAGACGUGGUGGUGUGAGGACUGAAGGCGAUGUCGAGCGCGAGAUGAUGGAGCGGGAGCGGGAAAGGCGGUAA